AUGGCGACUGCAGCACCGUUUCGGUUCGGCGAGGCCGUCGAGGUGACAGACGACACGCUGGCUGCGACGCUCAAGCCGGUUGAACCCCUGACGGCAACACCAAAGUCAGCUUCCAAGGCCAAGAAGAGCCGUAAGAGCCCCGCCGUGGCAACCCCACAAGAGGUUGGACAGCCCGCGGAGGAGCCCAUUCCAAGUCCCACAGAGAGCGAGAGUGAGCCGGAAGACCCUGAACCGGCUCCCACCGCCCGUGAGGUGCGAGCAGCAGCCAAGGCAGCCCGCGAUGCUGCCCAGGCAGAGCGCACCGCCCGUACCAUUUUUGUCGGCAAUCUCCCAGCCACCGUCAAAGCCAAGGCGCUUAAAGAGCUGUUUGCCGACUGCGGCGAGAUUGAAUCGAUCCGUCUACGCACCGUGGUACGCUGUUGCUGCCCGCUGGCCGUGUCUCCCGCCUAUGCCGAUCCUGCUUUACGCAAGCGACUCGCCUCGGAGCAGAGCUCCAUGAAUGCCUACGUGGUAUUUACGGCCGACGCUGCCGUGACACAAGCCCUCACCUUGUUCUCACCGGGGAUGCCAUUGGCCGACAUUUGGACAUUUAGCAACGGCGUUGAAUUCCAAGGCCACCACCUCCGUGUCACGCGCGCAGAGACGAAAACCUUUGACCUGCAUCGGUCCAUCUUUGUUGGCAAUCUUCCCUUUGAUGCUUCGGAGGAGGAACUGCAUGGGGCCUUUGAUUCCUGUGGUACGGUGGAGGGCGUGCGCAUCGUGCGCGACAAGAAAUAUGCCAUCGGCAAGGGAUUUGCUUACGUGCUCUUUGAGCUGGCCGAGAGUGUGGGCCUGGCGCUCAUGAAGGAAUGCCAGGUACGCGGCCGCACGCUGCGCGUGUCGCGGUGCCGCGAUGCCAACGUUAUCCAGCGCCAAAAACUCAAAGCGCAAGGAAGCGGAGCACAGCGUCGCUUGGCUGGCAAGCCUGGAGCCAAGCGCCCCGUAGCGGCUGGAGCCACGACCUCGAGUAGCAGCGGGAAUGGUGAGCGAGACAGCAAGCGUUCCAAGGGUGGACCACCAAGCAAGACUGGCCAAGGUUCUGGCAAGUCCAGUGGACGCGGCAGCUUCAAGGGCAAGAAGGGCAAGAAGGUGGAAUUGGAUCAGCGUGGCAAGAAGCCCCGCCACAAGCCACGUGGCGAGGCCCCUACCAAGACACCCCAGGCCUACGAGGGCGUGCGUGCCGAUCCGGGCGUCAAGCCCAAGGUGCCUCGUGUCAAGGCUGUCAAGGGCCGCGCCAAGGGUGGUAAGAAGAAGCACUCGGUGAGCGAGAUUGUGCAAAAGGCCAAGCGCGUCGCCAAGCGUGAAGCCGCGCCUCGCAAGCAAUAA